UUAGAAACGUUUAUUUUGAAAAUAAUAUACGGAAGUACAUUUUAUUUAUUUCCGGCUGACUUCAGGAGUUAACGCUGCACUUGAGCCGUUCUUAAGCUAGUUACACAACUCUUCGUCUUUCAACUUAUCUGUAAUUUCCCAUCGGCCAGUGAACGUGGUUAGUUGUAUCACAACGAAUUGUUUUUUGUUUUUUGUAUUAAAGUUAAUAUUGUCUGAACUGUGUGAUUGAAACGUCCUCCCCUGGCUAGCUAGUUAGCUUUAACUAACGUCAGGUUCGCUAACUACCGACUAACUAGCUAAGGCUAAGGUAACUCCUUCAUGGCACCUCUCCGCGUCCUGUGCAUCCACGGUUACCGUCAGAACGGCAGCUCUUUCCGGGAGAAGACGGGAGCUCUGCGGAAGCUGUUGAAGAAACAAGCGGAGCUCGUUUACCUGAGCGCACCGCACUGCGUGCAGGAAGCUGGUGGUGAAGAAGCUUCAGAGAAAGAUGGACCUGGAAGCAACGUGGACUCGAGGGGUUGGUGGUUUUCUGAUGUCCAGGCUCGGAGUUUCAGCGCUCUGCAGCAGUGUGAGGAAAGCCUGGGGCUCGACGAGAGCGUGAAGGCCGUGAGAGAAGCCGUGCAGAUCCAAGGUCCAUUCGAUGGCAUCCUGGGCUUCAGCCAGGGAGCAGCUUUUGUCGCCAUGUUGUGCUUCCUUCAGGAGCAAAAACUGGAGCCAGAAUUCAACUUCCGCUUCGCCAUCUUCGUCGCCGGUUUCCGCAGCGCGUGUGAGGAGCACAAACGGUUCUAUAACUCUCCACUUGAGAUCCCCUCCCUGCAUGUGUUUGGACUGGAAGACCGAGUCAUCCCGGACAACAUGAGCAGGGAGCUCCUCCUCUCCUUCCAAGACUCUCAGGUUUUGACACAUCCUGGUGGCCAUUUUGUCCCUGCUGCAUCGGCUCACAGACAAAUCUACCAGGACUUUCUCAACCGGUUCUAGUGAGAUACAAAAGUUUCAGAAACUCUUGUCUGGUGCUCAAUAAGUGAAGAGCUAUGAUACCUACUCAAGCACUAAAAUAAGACAAAAUAAUGUUGAUUGUUAACCUAACAAUCUCGUGAUGCUUUACUUGAUUCUAGAAGCCCUUUGGCCAUAAAUGCUAAGUUUGUGUCUGAGUAAUGCCCUCUGUUUACGCCAAAGCCUUUUUUUCCCUUCUGAUCUUUUUUUAUCCCAAACAGUAACUGCUGUCCUUCUCAGGGAAAAUGUCUUAUCACAGACAAUAAAAUGAAGUGAUGAUUGUUUAUUGAAUGUGUUCUGGUCUGUUUCUUUUGUGAGCUUUCUAAAAUCUUUCACCUC